UGCAAGCUCAAGGCAUUCUGAUCCGGGACAACAUGAGGACAAUAGGCGCUCAGGUUUACGAGCAGGUGGUUCGGAGUGCUUACGCCAAGAGGAAUAGCAGCGUAAAUGACUCAGCUAACCUAGCCUGGUUGUCACACAGGAAGAGUUGCUCCAGCUCUGCUCUUCCUAUUGGAUUUUACGUGAAUGUGCUCCACCCAGGAGAACUCAUUGUCCACGAAUGCUUAUUGACAAGUUGUCAUUUCAUAAUAAUGCCAUCCGGGAUAGUUUCCACAAAUUAAAAAAGCACCUUCUGGAAGAAGUUUACUAGAACAUGUCCUGAUUGGAAAGAGACUUGAUUUAAAUGAAAGGGUAAAACCGUGCCCAUGGACAUUCAGCAGUUCCCUCAUUCACAUCUAUAGGAUCAUCAUCAUGUAAAUACUAAAGACUGUCCUAACCACAAUGAUCAUAUAUGACUGUUGGAAGACUGGAGGACGGAAAUGAUUAUCCUCUUGACUUGAACCACAGUGAAACCUUCCUACAAACCACAACUUUUCUUCCUGAAGACUUCACCUACUUUGCAAAUCACACCUGUCCAGAAAGGCUCCCUUCCAUGAAGGGCCCAAUAGACAUAAACAUGAGUGAAAUCGGAAUGGAUACCAUUCAUGAACUCUUCUCCAGAGACCCAGCCAUCAAGCCUGGAGGUCACUGGGCACCUUCCGAUUGUGUACCCCGAUGGAAGGUGGCAAUCCUUAUCCCCUUCCGGAACCGCCACGAGCACCUUCCUGUCCUGCUCAGACACCUGAUUCCCAUGCUUCAGCGCCAGCGCCUGCGGUUUGCAUUUUAUGUAAUUGAGCAAGUUGGCACCCAACCCUUUAAUCGAGCCAUGCUUUUCAAUGUCGGUUUUCAAGAAGCAAUGAAGGACUUGGACUGGGACUGUCUUAUUUUUCAUGAUGUGGAUCACAUACCAGAAAGUGAUCGUAACUACUAUGGAUGCGGGCAGAUGCCAAGGCAUUUUGCAACUAAAUUGGAUAAGUAUAUGUAUCUGCUCCCUUAUACCGAGUUCUUCGGCGGAGUGAGCGGCUUAACAGUGGAACAGUUUCGGAAAAUCAAUGGCUUUCCUAAUGCUUUCUGGGGUUGGGGUGGAGAAGAUGACGACCUGUGGAACAGAGUACAGAACGCAGGCUAUUCUGUGAGCCGGCCGGAAGGGGACACAGGGAAGUACAAGUCCAUUCCUCAUCACCAUCGAGGAGAAGUCCAGUUUCUUGGAAGGUACGCUCUGCUGAGGAGGUCCAAAGAGCGGCAAGGGCUGGACGGUCUCAACAACUUGAACUACUUUGCAAACAUCACAUAUGACGCCUUGUAUAAAAACAUUACCGUCAACUUGACACCCGAGCUGGCUCAGGUGACCGAGUACUGAGACAAGGAGACGAU